UGAUUGAUCUGAUUUCACUUCUACCUCCUGAUUGAAACCAACGUGACGUGAGACCAAUUUUGAAAAAAUUCCUAAAAAUUUCGAUCUUUGUAUUUGUACACCCCUUGUACUUUUGAGGAAACUUAUAAGUGUAGUGCAUUUACAUAAAGGGAUAACUUUCUACUGAUUUCUACUGAUUGAUUGUUCUGAUUUCACUUCUAUCUCCUGAUUGAAACCAGGUCGAGCGUUGCGAUGGGUGCUCGAGCGAGUCAACCCUACGAGAUCAAGGAGAGGAUUGACGGAAAAACUGUCAUCGUGACGGGGUGCAAUACUGGAAUUGGUAAACCUACUGCCCAGGAAUUCUACCGAGUUGGCGGACGUGUGAUAAUGGCGUGCAGGGACGUCUCCAAGGCAGAAAAAGCAGCGGACGAAAUUCGAAAAGAAGUAGAGCUCUCCUUCCCUCACGACAAGGCCGGAAAACUGAUCGUCAAAAAGCUCGACCUAUCGUCCUUGGAAUCAAUCCGCAACUUCGUCGAUGAUCUCAAUGAUUCGGAGGAUCAAAUCAACAUUCUCGUCAAUAACGCAGGUGUGAUGAGCCCGACCCGCAAAACGACUGCGGACGGCUUCGAGCUGACAUUUGGUACUAAUUACCUCGGUCAUUUUUACCUCACCUUGCUACUUCUACCGAAGAUCCUAGCUUCGGCCCCUGCCAGGAUAGUCAAUGUCUCGUCGCUCGCCUACGAAUACGGACGCAUACACUGGGACAAUUUAAGUCUGGAGAGGAAUUAUGGUAUGUUCACAGCUUACUCUCAAAGCAAGCUUGCCAAUAUUCUCUUUACUCGAGAACUAGCAUCCCGACUGGAUGGUUCGGGCGUGACCGCCUAUUCAGUUCACCCUGGGAUGAUACCGACGGAGUUGACCCGAUUUACGGACAAAUAUUAUAUAUUGACCCCUGUGAAAAAAUAUCUGAGCCACUUGUGGUCCCGAGUACAUACGAACGUGUUGGAAGGAGCGUCAACCUCCCUUUAUUGCGCUCUGGAUGAUUCUAUCGCCACAGAGUCCGGAUUUUAUUACCGUGACUGCGCGCGGAAAGAGUUAGCGCCACACGCUCUCAGUGAAGAAGACGCAAAAAAACUAUGGGACUUAUCUCUGACAUUGGUGGGACUAGAAGAGUUCCCCGUAAAGGACAACAAAGCCGAUGGUCUCCGAAUAGUUGCAGCAUAGUCAGUCGCUGUUUCCUCUCGUUUGAUGGUUGCUUAAAGUCAAAAUUUACCACAUUUCACAAUCUUUCAUCAUCAAAACUUCGUCAAAGGCCAAGAUGGAGAACCCAGCUACACGAAUGAUGAGUUCUUUUCAAAACGGGAGGCAGCUUUUCGAAAGUCAAGGAACACAAAACUAUUGAUUGGCAAUUUAUGUGGAUGAAAUUUGUAGGCUGUUUCUGGAGCUCAGCUGUUGACUAUCUAGACCGAAUUGGACGGUACUAAUUUUGAGGAAAAGUGAAGCAAGAGUAGCUUCAACUUAAACUAGUCAUAAUACAUAAAUUAUGUUGUCUGCCGUCGGAAAGUCAAGUUUCUGAGGCUGUAAGGGUCUGUUAUCCAACAGACCGUUGGAUGCUAGAGAUACAGCCAAAAAUAUACUCUCUUUACAGGUAUAAUCGCAUGAAAAUCACGUUGGGGACGUCAAAAGAGUCUUCCAUUCCUUACUGCGCAAUCUGCAUAGUUUGUAACACGCUUCUUCAAGUUGCCCACUUCUGCGGGCAGUUUAUCACGAUCACCGCCGGCCAGGUUUGCACGGAGGAGUUAAAAAAAACUAAUCUGAGUAAACCAACGAUUUCACUAACUUUUCAUAUUGUAUGCUUUCAAUCGUUUUCAAGCGUUUCUUUCUUUUUUCUUUCUUUGUUUUGCAAAAACAAAAACUUCGGAAAUCUGACGCAAGGAGAUUUAUAAUAUUUCGCGCGAUUUUUUGUUCAUUAAGGUAAGGUCUCUCUCCGGGCAAACCUGACUGCCGGCCACCACCGUAUACGCGGUAAAUUUGAAAACGCGUGUUACAAAUACAGAUUGCGCGCUAAGGGGUAGAUUUCAGACUUCUUCGAUGUGAUCUUCUUCGAUCUUCUUCUUCUUCUUCUUCUUCUUCUUCUUCUUCUUCUUCUUCUUCUUCUUCUUCUUCUUCUUCUUCUUCUUCUUCGCAACGUGACUUCCGAGAAAAUUUACGCUCAGAAAGUGUAUUCAGUUGGCUGUAUCUCUCACUGAGAAAAAAAAAAAAAAACAUUGGAUCUUGAGUCCAGACUC